AUGUCGCGUCUAAUAGUCAAGAACCUACCACCCUAUGCCACGCCGACCGAGCUGAAGUCCCAUUUCCUUCGCAAGGAUGGGCCAGGCGGGACGAUUACCGAUGUGAAGGUCGCGUUCAAGAAAGACGGUACGUCGAGACGGUUCGGGUUCGUAGGAUUCAAGACGGAGGGGGAGGCGCAGAAGGCGCGGGAUUGGUUCGAUAAGACGUUCUUGGGGUCGUCGAGGCUGAGCGUUGCCGGCGUGAAAGACGCGCCUGCGCCCAGGCCAAAUAAGAGGCCAAGGCUAGGGCCCUCACCUCACGAAGAGGGUGGCAAGCCUGCCCCGAAGGAGAAGAAAGCAAAAGAGACUGGCGAUGAGCAAGCCAAGGAAAAGAAGUCGGGCAAGAAGGAGAAACAGCUUGAAGAAUUUAUGAAGGUCAUGCAGCCUCGAACGAAGGGUCGGACAUGGGCCGACGACGUUACGGUUACAGAGCCAGCCCAUCCCUCCUCUGAUCAGACGAAACCGAAGAAAAAAGACAAGAAGAAGAAGGCGGAGGAUGUUGAGAUGCACGACGCCGAACGGGCAGGCGGUGACGAGGAGCCCAAAGAGGAGGGGAUAUCCGACCUCGAAUGGAUGAAACGCAGGAUGAAGGCCGUCGCCGUGGAGGAGAAAGUGUUUGAGCAGUCCGACGAGGAGAACGUGGACGAAGAGGAAGAUCCGGAGGAAGAGGACCAGACGAAGGGGGGGAAAGACAUGGACCCGAACAGGGGGACGAUCAUGCAGACGUCGAGACUGUUUGUCCGGAACUUGGCAUUCUCAUGUACGGAAGACGAACUGCGAGAUUUAUUCCAACAAUACGGCGAAGUGAAUCAGGUUCAUCUCCCUCUUGAUACGUCGACGAAGCAACCUAAGGGGUUUGCCUACGUAUCGUUCGCCCAGCCUACAUCAGCUGUGGCUGCGUACGAGGCACUCGACGGGAGGUCGUUCCAAGGCCGUUUGCUGCACAUAUUGGCUGCGGUCGACAGGAAAGGGAAGGUGCAGGUCGAGGAAGGUGAAGGGAAGAAGAAGUCGGUGAAGGACGAGAAGGAGGAGAAGAGGAAGGCGCUCGCCGGGAAAGGGUUCAAUUGGAGUAUGCUGUACAUGAACAGCGAUGCAGUGGUCUCGUCCGUCGCGGACCGGAUGAACGUUUCCAAAGCGGACAUCCUCAACCCCGAGUCAGACAACGCGGCCGUGAAAUUGGCUCUCGCAGAGACGCACGUCAUUCAAGAGACCAAGUCGUAUCUCGAGGCCCAAGGCGUCGUUCUCUCUUCUUUCUCAAGUCGCGCCCGGUCGGACACGAUCAUCCUGGUGAAGAAUAUCCCGUACGGGACUACUGCUGAGCAGAUACGAGAACUGUUCGAGCCGCACGGGGAGCUCGCGAGAGUGCUUGUGCCACCGGCCGGUACCAUGGCUGUCGUCGAAUACAUCCACGCUGACGAGGCCAGCAAAGGAUUCCGGGCCGUUGCCUACCGGCGAUUGGGCAACUCCAUUAUCUACCUGGAGAAGGGACCGCUAGGCAUGUUCCAGGAGACCGCUGAGGAGGUGAAGAAGAAGGCCGGCGGACCGGUGACGUCCACGGCAGUGGCCCCGGUGAAGAUAUCCGAGCAGGAUGCACCGAUGGAGGGCGAGCCGCCACUGGCCGCCGGGUCCACGCUCUUCGUGAAGAACUUGGCGUUCUCGACGACGGCGGAGCGGCUGACGCAGGUCUUCCGUAACCUGAACGGCUUUGCGUUUGCACGUGUGCAGACGAAGCCCGAUCCGAAGAACCCGGGUGGGCCGCGGCUCAGUAUGGGGUAUGGAUUCGUUGGCUUCAAGACGCCGGAGGCGGCGAAGCAGGCGAUUAAGGGGAUGCAGGGGUACGUGCUUGAUGGACACGCACUCAGUGUCAAGUUUGCUGGGCGCGGUGCGGAGGAGGAGCAGAGCGGUGGGAAGAGCGCCGCGAAGGCGCAUACGACGAAGAUGAUCGUGAAGAAUGUGCCGUUCGAGGCGACGAAGAAGGAUAUUCGGCAGUUGUUUGGAUCUCAUGGUCAGCUCAAGUCCGUCCGGCUACCCAGAAAGUUCGACCACCGCUCGCGCGGCUUCGCGUUCUUGGAGUUCGUCACGAGGCACGAGGCGGAGAACGCCUACAAUGCGCUUCGGCAUACGCACUUGCUCGGGCGGCAUCUUGUGCUUGAGUGGGCCGAGGAGGGCGAGCAGGAUAUUGAUGAGCUACGCAAGAAGGCGGGUGUGGGUUAUGGUGGAGGCAAGGAGCUGCCUGGUAGGAAACGUAAGUUGGAACUGGGGGAUGAGGAUGCCGGUGAUGCUGGCGGUGGCGAGGAAGACUAGUGUCAUGUAGACGUGGACGUGCUAAUUUAUUAUCGGAUUUCUGUGCUACAUCGUACCGGUACCUCCAUCCUGCAUAUCCCCCCUGCACGGGGC